AUGCUCGCCGCCUUCGACUUUGGCGUGGACAUUGGGAAGGAGGAGCGGGAGGUGUUCCACGACAAGCUGCAGCUGUUCGUCACCGGGCAUGAGAAGAUGCUGAUGGAGAUCCAGCAGACAUUCGACCGCCGCUGGGACCCGAUGAUGUGGGACCCGCACACCGACACCGUGUGCAUGCAGCUGGGCGCGCGUGCGGCCCAGUUGAAGGAGCGUGAUGUCUCCAUCGCCGAUACACUUGGCCGUACAAAGCUCCACAACCGGCUUUUCUACCGCAUCACGUUGUGCUUCGCGAGUCUUGUGACGGAGAUAGACUCGCUCGCCGCCGAGGCGACGGACGUCCUGAUCCCGCCUCUGGCGGUGUUUGGCGACGACAGCUGCCGCGAGGAGGGCAUCACCGACGAAGAGGCGCAGCAAGGCGCCGGUCGCAUGCUUGGGCUGCUGCAGGGUGUCUGGUCCUGGGUGCAGCGGGUGCGCAAGGUGGUGCUGCGGACAGUGCGGCAGCUGGCGGCGCUCUACUCCCCGCUGCACGAACACGACAACUACCGCCCCUUCACGCAGGUGCGAUUUCCACUUGUGUGGCGCUCCCUCGCGGACCUCUUCAGUGCCAUGGUGUGUCUAGAGGAGGUGCUUCAGACACACGACACUCUCCGACACGGUCUUUCCAUCUAUCGCAAGCUGCUGGCGCAGGUGUCUAGGAACAGUGAACGGUUCGAGUACGAUGAAAUGACAAUGGAGCUCUUUUCUCGUCUAUUAAACAAGGUUGAGUGCGAGGUUCUUGAUGAUGGGAUUCUGCAGCGUCUCGUCAUGCAGUUGUUUGAUACGCAAGAAGAAGGGGUGGUGGUGCUUGUGGCUAUCAAUAAACUUUUCUGCACGGAGUUCACGGAGAUACUCGAGCAGAUGCUUAGCACAGUGGAGGAAAAUGUUGGAACAACACGUGAGGGUGACACACGGAAGCGAUACGUUGGCAUACUUGGUAUGUACUACCUCUACCUGUACCUUUUUCCACAGGUGGUGGAGGAAGGGACGCGCCGCAAGCUGUGUAGGCGUGUUUUCGCCCUGCAUCGUCAGAUGCCUGUCAUCUACAUUCGAGGCGUGCAUCUGUUUCGUCCCGCUGAGUGGAUGGCACGCCGUGUGCCGGUGGAGUUAAGUCGCUUUCAGCAGGAUCCCAUCAAGGAAGGGAUGCCAGCCAUCAAGCAGGCGUGUCACACCAGUAGCACAGAGUUUAUACCGCAACUGAAUCGCCUCACUACACUUGUAAGUGCGUGGCUUGCGGAGAUGGAAACUACAAUUCCUGUGGACCCGUCACAUUACAAGAAAUUCCUGCAGUCCACCACACUACUUCUGCAACGCGGUGUUUUACUGGCGCAGCAUCUUCAGCGGCUUCUCAUUAAUCAUAUCGUCCUGCACAACUGCGCUGAUGUCGCCAUUCCUCUGCAGCACGUUGACGGUAUCGCCCAUGGGCUGCAGUUGCUUAUGAUGAUUCGGGCCGCAUACCACACCAAGACAGGAGUUAUGGCGGCGGCAUACAAUCUUUUAUUGCGUUCCAUUACAUAUGUAAUGGAACGGCAUCUCUACGAGCUGCACCUUGGGCUGAGUGAUGUUAUUCAGAACGGUACAGAGGAGGUGACUGAUCAAUAUAGCGCCAUUGGUGAAGCCAUCGCACUUCUUCACAAACCACAGACGCCAGAGAAUUUGGUGUGCCUCGACCUGAUCCUCAGCACUGUCUUCAACCGGCGUCAAAUGAACCCUAAGAGCGCGGCUGUCAUCACACCGAAGCACAGUGAGGAAAUCCUUAUCGCCUUCUCGCAGUUAAAUCGUGUAGCCUCAUAUCAGACGAUACUUCACGCUGCCACGGACUGUGAUUUCCUCUACUGGCAGCGGGAGGCGUUUUAUCCACUGUUUUUUGAGCGACUUUAUCAGAAGCCGUUGAAGUCUGACCACCUGCCGUACCUUCUUAUGGCGAUGCACGACUGCCGCCCGUCUAUCCUCUCCUCAAAGCACGUGGAUAGUGCGGUUGGCCUGCUGGAGGCGUACAUCCGAUAUAUAUGGCAGUGCCUGCGGAAGCACCUUAUUGAGCCUCUCUGCGCUGAUAUUGAGAAUGAAUUGCGCUUGUGCACUCACUCUGUCGUCCUAGGGCAGCCGUUCCGAAAGAUUGAGCCAAUGACAAGGGCGCGAAACUUGGCGCGUUUCACGCGGCUAGCACCCUUUCGCUUCUUCAAUGAGUGGCUCCAUGUCGCGACGGAAGUGGAGCACUACUUGGAUGCGCAGUUCUAUAACCUAAACGCACUUAUGGCAAAUGACUGGAAAACGUACGAGGAGAUGCGCAACUUGGCGCUGGAGCGGUACGGGCUGCACAUCUGUGAUGGAUACCUGCCUGGUAGCAUCGUUGAUCAAGGCCUAGAUGUCCUUGUGAUCACGGAGAAUAUACAAGUUUUUGUGGCAAAUUACACAUACAAUAUGAAUGAGCAGUUGUUUGUGCAGCGGCCGUCGACGACGGAGUCCAAGCACCUUCAUACGCUGCACAUUCGUCACAUAGCCAAUUCUAUUCGCACACACGGCACAGGUAUCAUGAACACGACGGUCAACUACGUGUACAAGUGCCUCCUGAAGAAGCUCGCAAUCCUCUCACAGUUCCUCUACGACGACCAUGUCAAGUCACGCCUUAUCAAGGACGCGAAGCUGUUCCAGGCCCAGAAGGAGGAGCUCAACGGUGAGUACCCGCUGUCACAGGCGGAGAAGUUUAUACGGGAGAUGCGCAAGCUGGGCGUCGCCGACGACGGGCAGACGUUCCUCGACAAGUUCCGUCACCUCGUGUCCGAAAUUGGCAACGCGCUCGGGUACAUGCGGAUGAUGCGCAGCGGCGGCCUCCGUGCUGUUGCGGACUCCGCCAUCUUCAUCCCCUCCAUCGACAACGUUGUUCGCCUCGAGCGCGUCAUUGACCCCGACGCUAUUGGCAGCGAGGACGACGAGGAGGAGGAGGAAGAAGAAGAAAGGGAGAGAAGUGAGGGGAAGGAAGAGGAGGACGACACUGCAAAAGCACCGCCGUGCACGGUGCAGGCUGUGCGUGUGGUGGAUCGCGUCAUUCAGAACAUGCGUAAGAAGCUGUCGGACGGCUCCGAGUACUUCCGCAUGCUGCUCGAGGCCGUAACGAAGCGGUUGAAGGGGGCGGAGAAGUACAGCCACCUGAAGAACUUCCACAUGAUCAUCCCGCCCAUCUGCGUUCUGCAGGUGGAGCUUAUGAUACGCGAGAAGGAGCAGCUGGUGAAGAAGAAUAAGGAUGGUCUAUUCACCGAUGACGGCUUCGCCCUCGGCUGCGCUUUCCUACUGAAGUUGUUUGGUGUGUCGGAGCCGUUUGAAUCCCUCCAUUGGUUCGAGUGCGUGCGAAAGCACUACGCGGCGCGCCUCCAGGCGAUGCAGCAGGGAAUUUCACAGCGCAACAAUGAGGUGAAGAGCCGCAAAAAACCGCAUUGGAGGGAUGCACCACACGAAGAUGAGGAAAUUAACAACAUGCACCUUACCGCCACAAUGGUGGACUACGCAAUUCGAGAAUACGCCACAUUGGAGGAAGCGUUUGUAUCGAGCAAGGUGUUUUUUCACUCUUCCGUGGCUGACGAGAGCGACGAGGACGAAUCUGACGACGAUGAGAACCAAACAGAGGGAUAG